AUGGGUUUCGACGUCUGUGGUGAGGUCUUUGUCGUCGAGGAAGCUCUCAGCAUCGCCGGUAUUGCUGACUUUAUUGCCUCAUGGUUUGGAGUCGGAGUCUUCGAGGAGAUCGUGGAAUUCGCCGGCGAUGUCAUCCUCGAUGGCAGCAGAGUCGUCAUGUUCUUGGCGAGGCCGCACCGAGAGCUUAACUUCUUGGUCGACGGCGUAUUGCCCGCGUCCUGCUGA